AUGACUACAAAUGAAUUCGGCCGGCAUAAGUUUAUACGACCGGAAACGUUUAAGUUAAGUGCAUCGUAUUUUAAAGCGAUAGAUAACUGUUUAAACUUACAUUACACCAGUCAUACGUCUCCCCCAUCGGUGGAUCAAAUCUUGAACUCAUCUUCAAAUCUCUUAAGUAGAAAAGUCACAUUUCAAAGUCUAUUAAACAUACUAGCAUUAUAUCCUGCUAGUUAUAUAAUUCUGGAGAAUCAUAAGGUGAAUGAUAAAUCUUCAUUUUCUAUAACUUUACCUUUUGAAAUAAAUCAUUUCAAUAGAUCGAUCACUCGAAGGAACCAGGAAUAUGUUGAAUCGGUAAAUUCGUGGAUAGCAAAUAAUCCUGAAGCUCAAGUGUUACCAAUCUGUAAUGAUUUCUUAAAUUGUAGUAAAGCCCUUAUUGAAAACAAUAAUAGUAGUGACAGUAGCAGUAAAAGCGGCUCACCUUCGAAGAUUAGCAAACCUUCUAAAUCGUCCUUGGUUGAUAAACAUAACUUGAAAAAUACUACUGAGAAGUUCAAAUUCAAACCAAAGGACGAAGCAAUUGAGCUAAGCAAAUCCGGACUUACUUUAUUGGAAAGAAUCAAAUUAAAAGAAAAAAAGAACAAAGAAUUGGCUAAGGUAGACAACUCUGACAUAAGAUACUCGAAUUAUCUCGAUGGUAAGUUGCACCCCGUGUAUGAUAUUCUAUAUCAGACCUAUUGGUCUGGAAGUAGAGGAAGAAGAACUAAAACCAAGGACGUUGAUGAUCAGGAAACUGAAAAGAAAGUCGGAGUUGCUUCACUUCCACUAGUUAAAUUUGUAGAUAUAAUUCGUGACAGCUUGAGCUAUCCUAUCAGCGAAGGAGAAGUUGAAGACAUUGUUGUGAGAUUGGAAGAAACACUUGGAGCGAGCAAAGUACAUAUAAUUACGAGGGGGGGCAUAACAGUUGUUAAAGUUAACAAUUUAGACAGAUGUUGUGAUUUACAGAAGAUCGAUAAAACCACAUAG